CCCGUCGGGCUUUAAAGCUGUCGUGUGCCGUCACCUUUUCCUCUCUCUCUCUCUCCUCCGACCUGCCCGUGCUCUCUCCCUCCUCAAUUACGACGCCGCAGUCUUCGCAACCUACCCAACCCAGUCAGUGAGAGAGAGAGAGAGAGGCCCUACCCCGGCGGCGAGGAGCGCACUUCCUCUUCCUCUUCCUCUUGGGCGUGGCGGCGCGUGCUGCUGCGCUGGUAGCCUUGCAGCCGGACCAGCAACACCGAUCCGAUGCUCUCCGCCAGCGAGGGGGGCCAGUGAGCCGAGCUGUCUCCGGGCGGCGCCGGCCCGCUCGCGCGCGCUCCGGGACCCAAGAGAUCUCUGUGAGCUGGAAGCAUAAGGAGAUCAGCACAUUGUGCACAUACCAGGACGGUUUAAGACCUGGCAGAAGCAGGCUACUGGUUAUUGUUGGGUCCAUUUGGUGACAAGAUGGCUGCGGCGAUGGCGAUGAGAGGGGGGAGCAGCGACGGCGGCGGUUCCGAUAGGGCCGGGAUGGACUCGGGGAAAUACGUGCGCUACACGCCCGACCAGGUCGAGAUGCUCGAGCGGGUCUACGCCGACUGCCCCAAGCCGACGUCCUCGCGCCGCCAGCAGCUGCUGCGCGAGUGCCCCAUACUUGCCAACAUCGAGGCGAGGCAGAUCAAGGUCUGGUUCCAGAACAGAAGGUGCCGAGAUAAGCUGCGGAAAGAGUCUUCACGGCUUGAGUCCGUGAACAGGAAGGUGUCGGCCAUGAAUAAGCUUCUUAUGGAAGAGAACGAACGUCUCCAGAAACAGGUCUCCCAGCUGGUUCAUGAGAAUGCACAAGUGCGGCAGCAGCUGCAGAAUACUUCAAUGGCAAAUGAUACAAGCUGUGAAUCAAAUUUGACUACCCCUCAAAACCCUAUAAGGGAUGCAAGUAACCCUUCUGGGCUCCUUUCAAUUGCAGAGGAGACCCUGACAGAGUUCCUCUCGAAGGCUACUGGGACAGCUAUUGAAUGGGUCCAAAUGCCUGGGAUGAAGCCUGGUCCGGAUUCGGUUGGUAUUGUGGCCAUUUCACACGGUUGCCGUGGUGUUGCUGCCCGUGCCUGUGGUUUGGUGAAUCUAGAACCAACAAAAGUUGUAGAGAUCUUGAAAGAUCGACCGUCUUGGUUCCGUGAUUGUCGAAGCCUGGAAGUCUUCACAGUGUUACCGGGUGCAAAUGGAGGAACAAUUGAACUUGUUUACACACAGUUGUAUGCUCCAACAACUUUAGUACCUGCACGUGAUUUUUGGACUCUAAGGUAUACAACCAUAGUGGAAGAUGGCAGUCUUGUGGUCUGCGAGAGAUCCUUGAGUGGUUCUGGGGGUGGUCCAAGUGCAGCUUCUGCACAGCAGUUUGUCAGAGCUGAAAUGCUUCCAAGUGGAUAUUUAGUUCGCCCCUGUGACGGCGGAGGUUCCAUUGUUCAUAUAGUGGACCAUCUGGAAUUUGAGGCAUGGAAUAUUCCUGAAGUGCUUCGUCCGCUCUAUGAGUCUUCUAGGGUGGUUGCUCAGAAAAUGACUACCGCGGCACUCCGCCACAUCAGACAAAUUGCUCAAGAAACAAGCGGUGAGGUGGUGUAUGCCUUAGGGAGGCAACCUGCAGUACUACGGACCUUUAGUCAAAGGCUGAGCAGAGGCUUUAACGAUGCCAUCAGUGGUUUCAAUGAUGAUGGCUGGUCCAUAAUGGCUGGAGAUGGCAUGGAAGAUGUAGUCGUUGCUUGCAACUCAACUAAGAAAAUUAGGAACAUCAGCAAUGGUGUUAAUGCUUUUGAAGCACCUGGAGGUACUAUAUGUGCCAAGGCAUCAAUGUUACUGCAGAGUGUCCCACCUGCUAUACUAGUUCGAUUUCUGAGGGAACAUAGAUCCGAGUGGGCCGAUUACAGCAUGGAUGCAUAUUUGGCUUCAGCACUGAAAACAAGCACAUGCUCAUUCCCUGGACUGCGUCCCAUGAGAUUUUCUGGGAGCCAGAUCAUCAUGCCACUUGCUCAUACAGUAGAGAAUGAGGAGGUUCUUGAAGUUGUUCGCCUUGAGGGACAACCUCUUACUCCUGAUGAAGUUCUUCUUUCAAGGGAUAUCGACAUGCUUCAGCUUUGCACAGGAAUAGAUGAGAAAUCUGUGGGAUCAUCCUUCCAGCUUGUCUUUGCACCAAUUGAUGAUUUUCCAGACGAUGCUCCAUUGAUUUCAUCCGGCUUUCGUGUUAUACCACUUGAUAUGAAAACGGACGUUGUAUCCUCUGGUAGGACAUUAGAUUUGGCAUCUAGUCUUGAAGUAGGCUCCACUGCAGCCCACGCCUCUGGUGCAUCUCCAGAUGAUUGCAAUGUGCGAUCUGUGCUGACAAUCGCCUUUCAAUUCCCUUAUGAGCUGCAUCUCCAAGAUAGUGUUGCAGCUAUGGCCCGUCAGUACGUUCGUAGCAUUGUCUCUGCUGUUCAAAGAGUGUCGAUUGCCAUCUCUCCCUCUCAGUCCGGUCUAAAUGCUGGGCAGAGGAUACUCUCUGGCCUUCCCGAAGCAGCAACACUUGCUCGAUGGAUUUGCCAGAGCUAUCAUUACCAUCUAGGGGUAGAGUUACUUACUCAAUCAGAUGUAGCUGGGGAAGCAUUGCUGAAGAUGCUAUGGCACUACCAAGAUGCUAUCCUGUGCUGCUCUUUUAAGGAAGUACCAGUGUUUACAUUUGCCAAUAAGGCGGGGCUUGACAUGUUAGAAACUUCCCUCGUCGCCUUACAAGACCUCACGUUGGACAAGAUCUUCGACGAGCCUGGAAGAAAAGCGUUGUUUGCGGAAAUCUCAAAACUGGUGGAAGAGGGCCAUGUGUACCUGCCGUCAGGCGUGUGCAUGUCGGGGAUGGGGCGGCACGUCUCCUUCGACCAGGCGGUGGCGUGGAAGGUGCUCGGCGAGGACAGCAGCGUCCACUGCCUCGCCUUGUGCUUCGUCAACUGGUCCUUCGUGUGAUGUACCAAAUGCCGCGGGGCCGGCCGGUGGUGCGUGACGAGCAGAUGGAUACAGUUCUUGGUGGUUGUUCCGGACAAGGGAGAAUGUGCAACUGAUAGUAGUUUUUGCAGCGUUAGCUCUAGACGUGGGGAGUUACUCCUAGUAUGGUUUCUUUUGGACACCAACGGAAACCCAAAUGUGUUUGCUUGGUGCCCAUCAACUUGCAUUCCGUGUUGGGAUUCCCACGGUCGAAUUACGAUGCUACAUCCACGGCCUCUGCCUGCCUGCUUGGGUAUUCAGAUAGAUGCAUGCAUGCAUCUGAGAGGGUUGUUA